AUGAGGCGGGGAGGCCCCGAGGAGGAGGCCUGCGGCGUGUGGCUGGACGCGGCGGCGCUGAAGAGGCGGAAAGUGCAGACACAGCUAAUCAAAGUGCUACCACUCUUUCCAGGAGAGAGAAAGCCUAAGAGUUCUGUUACUCAGCGAAGUAUUCCACCUGCAGGCAUUCGGCAGACCAGCAUUGCUUCCUUCUUCACCUUGAAGCCAGGAAAUACCAGUGGUGGUGACCAGACAAGUGUCUCCUCUCGUAGACAAAGUCAGACUGACAAAGAGUCUAAGAAAGAUGCAGCCCAGGUAGGGCAUUUUCUCCAGGGCUUGCAGGAUGACUGUAUGGCAUCCCCUUUAGGUACUUCUACCCCUGCAGACAUCCAGGACACUGGACUUGCUCCUCAGUCCCUCCAGGAUACUUGUGACCACCAUAGAGUGGAAACCUCAGUUUUUACUGUGCUGUCUUUGCCUGACACCCCUGUCUGUACUAGAGCAAGUAGAGCUUCACUGGCUAUUUCCUUCUCCCAGGACUUGGAAAGUUCUUGUUUGCUGGACCAAAAAGAACCUUCUAAGGAUAAGGAAUGGCUUCACAGAUAUAAGAAAAAUAAUGAUUGGGAUGUCAAGAGAGAUGUGAAACUGCCUAGGGGCAAAUGCCAUAACCCCUUGGACAAGAUUAAAUUGGGAAGGAAGGUAUCUGCCAAACAAAACAGGCAAGCCUCUCUCCUUCACACUUACAAGGAUUCCUGGAGUGGAGAAAACGCAGUGUCACCGAAGCAAAGCCCUUGUCCUGUUCCUGUGUUUUCCUGGGAUAGUGAAAGGAGAGACAAGGACUCGUGGAGUCAGCUGUUCACUGAAGAUUCUCAAGGCCAACGGGUCAUUGCCCAUAACUCUAGAGCUCCUUUCCAAGAUGUAACCAACUGGAAUCAGAGUUUAGGGCAGUCUCAUACCAGCCUUCAAGCUAAGUGCCAGGAUGGGUCCACUCAGUUAAAUCUGCAGCCUAAUAUGCUCUUUACCCAGGAUUCUGAAGUUCACGCUCUAGCUGGUUGGCAAGACUGUUGCAGAAGAUUCUGA